AUGUGUGGGUUCAGGUGUGUGUGUGUAUUGCUGUGUGUGACUCUGAGUGUGUGUCUGAACCUGCUGGAUGAAGCUGUGUUCAGUGGACCGACAGGAAGUCUGUUUGGAUUCUCCGCCGACUUUCAUACCAUCAACAAUAAAUCCUUUGUUGUGGUUGGAGCCCCCAAAGCCAACACCAGCCAAUCAGGGGUGACCGAAGGAGGGGGUGUGUUCCUCUGCCCCUGGUCUCCUAGAGGUGGGGCCUGUGACAUAAUUGAUUUUGACCCAACAGGUGAUGAGGCCUACCACAGCUCAGGUCUGUUGUUUCACAGUUUUAAGAGUCGGCAGUGGUUCGGUGCAGCAGUACGAUCUGUCAACAGCACACACCUGCUGGCAUGUGCACCACUUUUCCACUGGAAUGUUCAGCGGGGACGGGCGGAGUCGGGAAUAACACCUGUGGGGAACUGCCUCCUAUUGGAUCACAAGUCAGGAAGCUCCACCCCUUUCUCCCCCUGCAGAGGGCUUAUGAUGGAGGAAGACUACAAACACAUUAGCAGCAGAAACGACCAGCGAUAUUGUGAGGUUGGCUUCAGUGCUGAUGUCACCAAGGAUGGCCGGUUGGUGCUUGGAGCGCCAGGAAGCUUCUUCUUCCAAGGUCAGGUGAUCACUGUGAAUGCUCAUGACAUCAUCAACAGUGGGCAGAGCAACGAUCCUAUAAAGUAUGUAGCAGGUGUAAGCCAGUCAGAUGAGAGGGGAGGCUAUGAUCUUUACCACGGUUACUCAGUGUCCAGUGGCCUACUGACUGGAGAUUCGACACCAGAUUAUCUGGUCGGAGUUCCAAAUGACAGAAACACAGCAGGAACAGUGAAAAUCUAUGAUGGCAGAAGUACUGGAUCUCUAAGAGUUUACCACACCUUUAUGGGAACUCAGGUGGCGUCAUACUUUGGACACAGUGUAGCUGUGGCUGAUGUAAACAGUGAUGGCCUGGAUGACGUGCUGGUUGGAGCUCCUCUCUUCAUGGACAGAGUGAAGGAGCACCUACAGGAGAGAGGACAGGUAGUUUUGUACUUGCAGAGAAAACAUGGCUCCUUCUCCUCCCAGCCAGACCAGUCACUGAUCGGCUUCUCCUUGUAUGGGCGUUUUGGCUCCGCCCUCGCUGCACUGGGUGACUUGGACAUGGAUGGUUACCAAGAUGUAGCCAUUGGUGCCCCCUGGUCAGGGGAAAGUGGGCAGGGUCAGGUGUUCAUCUACCUGGGCAACAGUAAUGGGUUGUCAGUCAUCCCAUCCCAGGUGAUUAACAGUCCAUUGCCUAGCAGCAGGACAGCAUUUGGCUUUACUCUGAGGUCAGGGGCAGACAUCGAUGGGAAUGGAUACCCAGAUCUUUUGGUUGGAGCAUGGGCUGCAGACAAAGUCUUUGUCUACAGGUCUCAGGCAGUUAUCCGGUCCAGAGUCGUUCUCUCCCUAACGCCGGACUUCCUGAAUCCAGACAUCAAACUGUGUCAUCGAGAAAACAAAUCUGUGUCCUGUUUUAUCAUCCAGUUGUGUGUCCACCUGUCUGGUCACAGAAUUCCCAAGAAGACAGGUAUGAGGGUAGAGUUACAGCUGGACAGAUUGAAGCAAGUCCAACGGACUCAGUUGCUUUUGACCAAUCAACCACAAGAGACAAUGGCACUAACGGUUGAGAGGGAGGUGGGCGUGGCAUGUAUCAAUUACACUGCAUACCUGAAAUCUGAAGAAGAAGUUCGGGACAAGCUGAGUCCGAUCUUCAUCACUGUUAACAUUGGCCUCUUCAACACUACCCAGCAUGCUCUCCUGCAUGGACAGACACAUGCUGCUGCACAGACCAGAAUCGUCCUGGACUGUGGGGCUGAUAACGUCUGUGUUCCUGAGCUGAGGCUGAGCGCAAAGCCUUUGUCAGACAGUGUGCUGGUUGGUGGGGAUCAGUCAGUGCUGCUGUUAGUGUCAGCUGUGAACUCUGGUGAAGGAGCAUAUGAGACCGAGCUCGUGGUCCGAAUCCCGAAACAUACACACUUCCAGAGCAGUCAGGGUGUAAACAGGCUGGUGUGCAUGCAGAGGAAGGAGAACCAGACUGUGGUUGUUAUCUGUGACCUUGGGAACCCCAUGAGACAAGGACACAAGUUGCAGACCAGCCUCCUGUUCAGCAUUGGUCACCUGGAGGAGGUGGAGAGUUACAUCACCUUUAACCUCAGAAUACGGAGUAAGAACUCAGUGAACUCAAGCAGUAACGAGGUGAUGGUGGAGGUCCAGGUGAAGGCCGAGGUGACACUGCAGAUCAGAGGAGGCUCCUCCCCCCCAGACAUUGUCUUGCCCCUCCCUGAUUGGAAGCCUGCAUUGCAUCCUGGGAGUUUAGAGGAAGUGGGUCCACUGGUGGAACAUGUUUACGAGCUGAGGAAUCAGGGCCCGAGUGCAGUCAAUGCUCGGCUGACGGUGGACUUCCCCUCCACCUGGCGACAUCACUUCCUGCUCUAUAUCUUCUCCAGUGCCUCUGAAGAAUCAUUGAGCUGCUGGACCCUGAAUGCAUCACAAAUUGACCCAUUCAAGCUUGUUGGAAACUCCUCGAGUGUUUCUGCAGUUUCUCCAUCAAUCCAGCAGAUGGAGACAAAUUCACACAGACAAACUGUUUAUGUGAACUGCAGCAGCAGUGAGGUGGGCUGCAUCAGGUUUGUGUGUGAUGUCGCAGCACUCGGGCGGGGCUUCAGUGCAGUCAUCCGAAUCUCAGCCCGACUGUGGGCACACACACUCACAGAGACUCCUUACCUGAAUUAUGAGCUUGUUUCCUUUGCAUCUUAUCAUGUCAUCAACACAUCAUCAAAGGCUCAACCGCUUCAGCUGCCAAAUGGACACUCACAGACUCAACUCAGAGUAUUGUGGCGUCCUCCGGAUGGAGAGAAUGGUGUUCCCAUUGGCUACAUCAUUCUGUCAAUCAUCUGUGGACUCCUUCUCCUCUGCAUGCUCUGUUUCAUCUUCUGGAAGCUUGGUUUCUUCAGGCGAACUCGCCCUCCUACUGAUGAAGAUGAGGAUGAAGAUGGGGAUGAGGAUGAGGAUGCCCAGCAGUUGACUGAGGAGGGUCACAUGACUGAAUAACACAUGAUCACUGAUGAAGGCCGGACGAAUGAAGAUUCUCUGAUUAUUUAUCAUGAUAAUUAAACGUCUGCAUUGCAACAUGUUUAUCAAUAAAGGUCACUUUAUUGAUAAACACUUCCUGUUCCUGUUUCGGAGCACAGUGGUUUAUCUGGAUAAUAACAUAUUUCAGUGUAAUCUUCACCUCCUUUCUCUAGAGCACACUCUUUGCUGAAUCACCUGUAUUCACAUUAUUCACUUUGUUUUUAGGAAUUAGCUAGCUUAGCACAGCUACUAGCUUAGCUCUUAGCCGACUCACUACCAGCAUGGCUUCUUCUCCUGUCUCUCCUGCACUUUCCUGCUCUGGGUGUCACAUGUUUAGUUACUCCUCGGCCUCCUUUAGCAGU